GCACGUGUGUGCCUGAAUAUUUUUAACGUAUAAACAGUGUCAGAGUAAGAAAAAUAUAUUCUCUUUAGAGAGUUAUAUUCUUGGAUAAGCUGUUAGAGAUUCAUGUGGCGUAUCCCAAAUCUCGAGUACGGUGGGAAAGGUGACAAGAUUGGGCAAAAAAGGAACUGCAGGAGCCAAUUUUUUAAUCUAGGGUUUCACAGGUCCUAGACUAGAGUAAUGGUUGUCUAUCAAUAAUCCAACAGUGAAAAAUGAAUACUUUUUAUUACAAAGGGCUCUUAAAUUCUUUCAUUCCAAACCUACCCAACAACCCAGAUAAUUGAAGAGAGAAAAGAGGGACCCAAAUUCCAAUCAUGAUGAUUAGAAAGAUUAAAGGCUAGUGACCGGGAUAACAGGGCCAAAACAGUUCAAAUGGGGUGGAGCUCAAUGAAUAUGGAAGGGCAUGCUCUUGCACAUGGAGUCUAGAUGUGGGUCCCAAAGGAAGAUACAUUACCGGCUUUGGCUUUGAAGUUGCAGUUUUCAAGCACACAAGAGGAAUGUGAAGCACUGAUUAGAGAGGAAAAUUGUCUGUUCUCUUUCCAGAAGUGUAGAUUAGAGGGUUUGUAGUGUGCAAAAUAUUGUUUUCUGAGUUGGGUAUAGAGGAAAUAUGGUUUUUUUUCAUCUGUAAGUGCAGGUUAGAGGUGUUUAGAGGAGAGGAGAUUGGUUUUUUUAGGUGGGUGUAGAGGAGGCAUGGUUGUUUUUCAUUAGUGAGUGCAGAUUAUAGCAGAUUAGAGGAGAAUAGAUUGGUUUUUUGAGGUGGGUAUAGAGAUGGGAAACUCCCUGAGGUGCUGCAUUGCUUGUAUGCUUCCUUGUGGUGCUCUUGAUGUUGUGAGGGUUGUUCAUGUGAAUGGACAUGUGGAGGAAUUCAGCAAGACUGUGAAGGCAGGGGAGGUGAUGAAGGCUCAUCCCAAGCAUGUCAUCAGAAAGUCAAGCUGCCAAGGAAUAGUUCACAGGAUUAUUGUCCUGCCUCCUGAUGCAGAGCUCCAGAGAGGGAAUAUCUAUUUCCUCAUACCCACUUCUUGCCUGCAGAACUACAAGGACAAGGAUGCCAAGAUCAGUGGCAACAGUCACAAGAAGUCUGGUUCUUCUCCCAACCCUGCAAGCAAAAGGCCUUCAGGAAGGAGGAGCAGGAGGGAGCAAUCUGCCUCUGCUGUAGCCCCUGAUGGGUCUCAAACUGCAGAGCCCUCAAUCAGAAUUAAGCAAUGUGGUGAUGUGACCAAAUUGGUAAUCUCAGAACAGUACUUGGCAGAUGUGUUGUCUGAGAAGGCCCAGAGGUCAGGGAGGCACAGCAGGAAGAACAGCAGAGUAGGUGUGUGGAGACCCCAUUUGGAGAGUAUUUCUGAGGUUGCUUCUCUCUGAAUGGAUUCUAGAAUGAUCUAUAUGUUAGAUCAGAUGUGAAAAUCUUAGAAUUUCAAUUUUGUUUCAUGGUUUAGCAGACCUUAAAGAAUGCUGAAUCUUUGAGCAGGGAAUUUGGGCAUUUAUGGUAUCCAAUCAGCCAACUCUUCUCAGAUAUCUAUUACAGUACCCACUAGGCACAACAUGACUCCCACCUAUGGGUUUGUCUACUUUCAUCCACAUUGCCAAAUCGGGCAUCACUCAUUUCAGAUAAAAUUGAUGUUCACAAGCAGAGAUCCAUUGGUGAAAGUCUAAAAUGAUGCACUUUGGUGUUGGUAUGAUGUGUGUAAAGAUCUCAAUUAUAUUAUUUGGAGGAAUCAUUUUGUUUGAGUACCCAAUAUCGGGGCAGAAGGAAAACCUAGAGCUAAUCUGUCUUCUUAUUUUAUUAUUAUGUCCUGUGUUUAUGUAUAGGUUGUUUCUGUAAAUAUGAAUCUCAGAUUUAUAGGAGAGUUUUUCAGAGAAGAGGGAGGAGGGCUUGCUACACAUCAUUUUUUUUUGUCAGAUACCAAUAAACAGCAGCCACUAUUAUAAUCAAUUUUCAAUGUAUGAAAUGGAUCUUUCUGCAACAACUGCAAGUUAGUUGCUCUUCUCAUCAUGGUUGUAGCCAUUCAAGGCAGAUCUUGGUAUUAAUGAUAGCUAAGGAUGUAUUUUGCAGAUUGAA